CGGUCGAGUCGGUUGCGAAGGACGCUUAACUUUAUUUGAUUUACUUGAACUUCCUUACAGAUCGUCUCAUUCUCUCCACCGCUAUAAAAUUAUUGUGAACUUAAUAACUGGAUUCGAAUUGACUGGUCGUGAAUUUCAGUUCUCUUUUUUAUUCAAGUUCAAGUUAUAGGUAUUUGAAGACAGGACGAGUUUCUUUCAAGAAAUGCCAUUCACUGAAGGCUACGACGGAGAAGAACAGGCAUUCAGAAAGUUCGCUCUAUCAACAGUUAAAGUCUCUUCAAUCUCGUGAACAAUCAUAAAAAGGUUGUAUCUGUACGAUAUGGACUCACACAACCGAGGUCGAGGGAACCGAGGACGCUUGAGAGCCUUGUCGCCGAUACGGGAGAGCCGUGGACCAAGUGGUGGCGGACUACCUUCACUACGCCAGGUACGGCCAGGUGGCCCCAGUGCUGUACGGGGGCGGGGCAGGGGGCGGCGGUCUGAACUGUGCCUGCUGUGUGGACAGAAACCGCGAGAACGUGGCCAGGAAGUUGGCGCUACAGCGAGGAGACGACCCCAACACAGUGAGGCCUCUGUCCCCCGCGAGAGACCUUCCAGAGCACUACGCCUUGCCUAGUACGUCACAGGCCAUGUACACUGGACGGGGAAUUCCCUCAAGCAACAGUUAUAACGAUAAUACUGGUAAACAUACAGUGCGUUUUCAGGAUGAUGAGAACGCCAGGACGCACUACCACUCACCUAGAACAAAACAACUGGUGCUGUCUCCGCCUCACGCUCAAGAACCGUGGACACAUUACCAGCCCACGCCGUACGCUGGGACGUUUCUCAACCCAGAGUUCAACCGUCCGUUUGUGAGACAGUCGGCCGACGAGGAGUCGGUGUGGCUCUCAAUAGAACAGAACCACAUCUUUGACUCUGUUCUCGAGGCGGACUCCAAGUUCAAAAACAGCAUGGACAAGCUUCAGACGCAUUUGAAGAACAACUUUACACUGCCGCAGGACGCUGUUUUGUUAGACAAAGUGGACGAGCAAGAGGAUUACUGAAGAAGAAUUUCUGUCUGGUCUCCAACUCAAAUUAUUGCAUCAUCAAUCAAAGUUUUAGCCAGAGUACACUCAUGUAAUUUCCACCGUGGAAUAAUGGCGACAAUUCUGGAUUGCUUCCCUAGAAUGCUGAAAUUUUUGGAUAAUCCAACUGAUCCUGUUGGUCCAAAAUCAGAAGUGUUACUUUAUCUGCAUCACAUUCGGAUCAGUCCGUUUGCAGCAGCUUAUCAAAAGUCGACCAUAUUGCAAAUUGAGGUCAGGAUUGUAUUUCACUGGGAACGAACUAAAGCAAACGAUAUGCGGCGCUGAGCAAAAUCAGGCUUGUUGAAAAAAUCAGGGGCCAGUUUUGACAACGUGCACCGGCCAGUCUUACCUGUUUCCCCGCUUGCUCUAAGGUGCAGAUCUCUGCAACAUGUGUUAAUUAAGGACGCAUACUGUUUCUAAUGCUCAUACGCAUACACUUUGACGUGGACGUUGUUUGCAAGGGUUGAAAAGGCUAAGUAUAUGUUCGAACUCUUAUGAUCAACGACCCUGUUACCAAAUUACAAGUGAAAUGAAAGAUUUAUGUCACAUUCUUAAUUCGAAAUUAUACAGUGGAACAGAGUGCAAAUAUACUGUUGUACCAUCAAUAACAGGAGACAUAAACACUGAGAAGGUGGGGGAAUACAAAAGCUGGGGGUUAUAAAACUUUCAUCAUCAUAUUCAUCAUCAUCAUCAUCAUCAUCAUCAUCAUCAUCAUCAUCAUCAUCAUCAUCACCAUCAAAACAGACCAAAUAAUUCCCCUUUUAUUGUUUUUAUUUAAGAACACCAUUUUGUACCAUGUUGUCACAAUUUACGUAACUUACAAAUAUAGGCACCAAAAUCAGGGCACGGGACCAAAAGAAAACAACCCAAAACAAAACAAAACUAUCAAACUCAAAAACAUCCGCUGGCGUAGUAGACCGUCAGGCUGGCAAGGCAGGGCGCUGCGGCCGCCGACGAUUAAAUUUUCGUUCAUAAACGGCUUAUUGAAAACUACGCCCAAUCGUAAAACUAAUAUCAAAUUCGGAACCAGUGUACCAAAUCAACAAAGGGUUCCAUGGAUGAUUCUAUUUCUUGCUGGAUUUUGUCGAUAAAAAUAAGGCAUUUUUGCUCAGAUUAUACCAUGAAUUAUUUUCUUAUCACAAGAGAACGGACAUGUGUUUUUUAUUUUAAUGAACGUGUAAUACCCCCUUAACCGUGACGCAAUGAAAAAAGGAGGAGAACUGAGACGUGUAAACUUUAAAACCAAGACAGAUGGGGAAAAAAAAGAAAAGGACAAAUGAUAGAAAAAUAGACAUCAACGCCUAAUGGUACCAAUAAUACUUAAUGUGCUGAAAAAUAUUUAAGAUUUGUGUGCGGUGUUAUCUAACAAGAGACAGUUUUAUUGUCUUAUAUAAUUACCAUUACCUUGUAAAGAGUUGUUGUUUUACUUACUGUCAUAUAAUUCAUAAUAAUGAUAUGCUCUAAUAAAGAGAAAGGUCAUCUCAAUCUCGAGGAAGAUUAUUAUUGUCUCACCUUCUGUAAUAUUCACAAAAAUCGUUCCUACGUCCCUGAUCAGUGAGCUGAUGGGCUUUGGUAAGUCUUCAUGAAGGGCGGGGAGUAAGCAUUUCAUUCUGCUAUGUUCUAUUCUUCUUUAUAUUUUAAAAGAUGUGUCCGGGGAAGAAAUGGGUCAUGAAUUAACUAUGAAUUACAACAGUGAAUUACAAAAAGUAAAAACCAGAAAUGGCCUGUUUCGUGACUUCGUUUCUCACCCUCAUUUUCACCCUUUCCAGCAAUUUAUUUUCCAGACAUGAAAAUUAACGAACUUCAACACAAUUAAUUAUUAUUUGUCAAAAUUGGAAUUUUAACUACACCUGGUCUUUUUUAGACGGAAAACGAUGCAAUGUGUACUUGACAAUCAAAUCGUCAGCUUUUACAAACAACAUCAUGGUGGUAAAGGUUCUCCGAUGUAUUCAAUAUUAUAGCGUUCAUCCCAUUGCUUGUUCAUUAAACUGUUCCUCACAUUAUAUGUCUACAAAUAUCUACGUG